AGCCUGUGGAUACAGAGUGGCAGCCAAGCAGUGCUUUGUAUGAAUUAGCACUAGCGAUAGCUAUCCUCUGCCCUCCCUUUCUUUCUUCUAUCGUCUUCUCUCCUCAUCUGGCUGGCUGCUGAGUUCGAUAGCAGAGGUGGUUGCUAGAGACGCCAGGGCAGGCGAAUUGGAGUAGCAGAGAUGUUCAGAAGAAAACGCAGUGUUUCCUUUGGAGGAUAUGGCUGGAUUGAUAAAGCAAUGCUGGCCAGUCUGAAAGUCAAGAAACAGGAGUUGUCCAAUACUUCAGACCUGACCCUUCCUGAUCGCCCUUUGUCGCCGCCUGCUACUGCCCCUCCAAACAUGAAGUCGGCAGAGUUUUUUGAAAUGUUGGAGAAAAUGCAGACUCCCAAGCUGGAAGAACAGAAAACUGGAAGUCAGAAGAAUAAGGAUGAUUACAUACCGUACCCCAGCAUUGAUGAGAUUUUAGAGAAAGACACAGUUUACCCACUGAUCAUCCUGCCACAGUUUGGAGGAUACUGGAUAGAAGAUCCUGAAAAUCUAAGCACCCCAACAUCUUCAGACAGUAGCAUUUGUGAAGAUGAAGAGCCAACAAGCCCGAGCACGUAUGGUUAUAAACUGGAAUAUAAAGGCUCUGCAAGGGCCUACAGAAAACACUUCUUGGGGAAGGAUCAUCUCAAUUUUUACUGCACUGCAAGUAGCUUGGGAAACCUAAUCCUAUCUAUUAAAUGGGAAGAAGCUGACAGCAUUGAAUAUUUGAGAAUUAUACUCAGGUCCAAAGCAAAAACACUACAUGAACGAAUACCACUGUCUGGAUUUAGUAAGCUCCCCAGCAUUCCUCAAAUUGCAAAGGCAUUAUGUGAUGAUGCCACUGGACUUAAAUUUAAUCCUGUUCUGUACCCAAAGGCCUUUCAAAUGAUUGUUGCUUACGAUGAACAUGAAAUUAAUAAUACCUUCAAGUUUGGUGUUAUAUAUCAAACCUUUAAGCAGACAUUAGAAGAAGAAUUGUUUAGCAACAAUGAAGAAAGUGAUGCAUUUAAAGAGUUCUUGACUUUACUGGGUGACACUGUCUUGCUCCAGGACUUCAAAGGGUUCCGUGGGGGACUUGAUGUUGCACAUGGCCAGACAGGCACUGAAUCCAUUUACACAGUCUUCAGAGACAAGGAGAUAAUGUUCCAUGUAUCCACCAAGCUACCAUUUACUGAAGGAGAUACCCAGCAGUUACAAAGGAAAAGACAUAUUGGUAACGACAUUGUGGCUAUUGUCUUUCAAGAAGAUAACACCCCCUUUGUCCCAGAUAUGAUUGCGUCAAACUUUCUGCAUGCUUACAUCGUCGUUCAGGUGGAAAACCCAGGAACAGAUUGCACAACAUAUAAGGUGUCCGUGACUGCUCGGGAAGAUGUCCCAUCUUUUGGACCUCCUCUGCCAAACCCACCAGUAUUUCAAAAAAAUUCUGAAUUCCGUGAAUUUUUGCUGACCAAACUCAUCAAUGCAGAACAUGCCUGUUGUAAAUCUGACAAGUUUGCAAAACUAGAGGAUAGGACUAGAGCUGCACUUUUAGACAAUCUUCAUGAUGACCUUCACAUGCACACACAAGUCAUGCUUGGCCUUGGCCCAGAAGAAGACAAACUGGAGAAUGGAGCUCACGGUGGAUUCCUGGAGUCAUUCAAGAGAGCAAUUCGAGUCCGCAGCCAUUCCAUGGAGACCAUGGUGGGAAGUCAAAAGAAGCACCAGUCAGGAGGGAUUUCGGGGAGUCUAAGUGGAGGCAUUGUUCAUACAACUGCAGAGGUCACAAAGACCACUUUCUCCCCCCCGGCAGUGGUCACAAAGACACAAUCCAAGAGUCCUAUAAAACGAAGAUCUGGUCUCUUCCCUCGUCUGCACACAGGAGCAGAAACCCAGCCUGAUGGCCGAACUCGGUGUGAUAGUGUAUCUUCUACUCAAAAAACUCCAGAUGGUGGACAGUCAUCUCAGGACGUCAAGUCUGAAACAUCUUCCAAUCCUAGCUCCCCAGAAAUCUGCCCCAACAAAGAGAGACCUUUUAUCAAACUAAAAGAAAAUGGGCGCUCCAAUAUCUCCCGUUCAUCAUCCAGCACUAGCAGUUUUAGCAGUACUGCUGGGGAGAGUGAGGCAUUAGAUGAAUAUGAGAGUGGGGGCAGCCAACCAUUGACCGCAUCACCAUUCAAACAGGAAGUGUUUGUCUACAGUCCGUCGCCUAGCAAUGAGAACAAUACACCAUCCACUCCUGUAAUCAUGAGCAGGAGCCCCACAGAUGUAAAGAGUAGAAAUUCCCCAAGAUCCAACCUCAAAUUUCGUUUUGAUAAACUCAGCCAGUCAAGUUCCAGCUCAAGUACAUGAACUGAAUUUUUGGUUGAAAGAGGUUUCCUGUCUUCAAAACUGACCGGCAAGGGUACAUUCACUCCAUUAAUAGAUACUGCCGUGUUGCAUUAAUGGAUACAAUUUGUGAUCAGGCCAUUCCCAAAAAAGAAUGAAGAAGGAACUGCUGUUUUAAUGCACUCCCCAUGUCCAGUGAGACUUGUAUUGUGAGCAGAUUUUAUGUUCUUUUAAUAUUUUCUGUCCAACAGCAGAAUUUUA